AUGAACCUCCGGUGGCUGCAAACCACUCUCCACCGCACGGUCGAGCACAAACCCCAAGAGACCGCGACGGGCACCCACCCAUCGAAAGAUCCUCCCUGCGAUUCCACCACCCUCAUCGAUCUCCUACUCGGUCUAGAACCCCGCGAGAUACCUGAAGACUGCCAGACUUUCCCACAACAUGCACAGGGCACUUGCGUUGUAUCCACCAGGCUGGAACACCGAACCUGUCGAGCUCCAAUGUUCCCCACAGACGCCACGCCCUUGCCAGGCAUACCAGCCUCAUUGCUCCCUGCUGCCGGGCUCGGCGACUUGUCUGACGAUGAUAAACUCAUUGGAAUACUCCUGACCAUGAUUCUCGUCGCAUACGUUAUUUCCGCGCUUCUUCUCUUGGCCUACGGGGUUGUGAAGUUACUCAACAGCACCCUUGCCAAACGGACCCAGGGAGUUGUGUGCAUUGUCUGCGACGAGCAUUUCUACGAGGUUCCCAGACUACCCAAGGACUGUCGAACUGAGCACGCUUCUGCCACUUGCAGAUCGUGCUGGCAGCAAUGGUUGAGUUCUCAGUUGUCGCAAAUGGCUGUUGGUGAGAUCCAUUGCGCGCAGUGCAAGACAAGAUUGACCCAGAACGACUUCAGAGCGCUUGCAACCCUGGACUUAUCUCAAAGAUAUCUCCAGCUUGAGGCCAGAUCCCACCUCUCAACGGACAAGGACAUCGUCUGGUGUCUCGCUCCCGACUGUACAUCUGCACAGGUUCACGAGGGCGGGGACAUCUUCAAGUGUAUCGCCUGCGGGUUUCGUCAAUGCGUAGCCUGCAACACGCCUUGGCAUACUGGCUUGACUUGUGAAGAAGCCCAACGCCGACGAGAACGCAGUCAGAGAGGCGCCAAUGCAGCUCAUGACGAGGAUGAGUAA